AACUCGUUAGCCUGGUGAUGUCGCUGAUGAAGGAGACAAACAACAACACUGAGGGACCGGGCGUACAAACCGCAAGAGCUGUGAUCACGUACAUGUCACUGGGACCAGCCCUCAUGACCAGGGAGGUGAACUGCGUGAUGUAGCCGAAGAAAUGGAGUAUGACGAGAAACUCGCACUUUUUCGCCAAGCCCGCCCCAAUCCAUUCGAUCGGGGAGAGGAAGAAGAUGGUCCCCAAGGAGGCAAGACGCCCCCCCAGCAUGAACCCAGACCUGAGCUGUUCUCUGGGAGCAGAACCCAAAGCUCAGAUCGGACCAUGUACCUCGGUCUAGCCGAGGACCACUUCUCCAGGCCUGUGGGUUCUUUUGUGCCGUCAGACAUUGAACAGCUGCAAAUGGCCAUAGAGGAGUGUAAGAAGCUGAUCUUGGAGCUGCCAGAACACUCGGAGAGACAGAAGGACACCGUGGUGAAACUUAUACACCUGCGUCUAAAACUGCAGGAGCUUAAGGACCCUGAGGAGGACGAGCCUAAUCUUAGAAUCCUGCUGGAGCAUCGCUUCUCCAAGGAAAAGAGCAAAAGCGUGAAACAGACGUGUGACAAGUGUAGCGCCAUCAUCUGGGGCCUUAUCCAGACUUGGUACACAUGCACAGGUUGCUACUACCGUUGCCAUAGUAAGUGUAUGAACCUGAUCACUAAGCCCUGUGUGAGGUCAAAGGUCAGCCACCAGUCGGAGUACGAGCUCAGCAUCUGCCCUGAGAUAGGACUUGACCGCCAAGACUACCGGUGUGCAGAAUGCCGCACGCCUAUUUCACUGAGGGGCGUGCCAACUGAGGCCAGACAGUGUGACUACACCGGCCAAUAUUACUGCAGCACAUGCCACUGGAAUGACACGGCCAUUGUCCCAGCUCGUGUCAUCCACAACUGGGAGUUUGAAUCACGCAAGGUUUGUCGCUCCUCGAUGCGCUACCUGGCCCUGAUGAUCUCACGCCCUGUGCUAAAGCUGAAAGAAAUCAACCCUCUGCUCUUCAACUUUGUGGAGGAACUGGUGGAGAUCAGGAAACUUCGUCAAGAUAUUCUGCUGAUGAAACCUUAUUUUAUUACCUGCAAAGAGGCGAUGGAGGCUCGGCUACUGCUACAGCUACAUGAUCGUCAGCACUUCGUGGAAAACAACGACAUGUACUCACUACAGGAUUUGAUCGACAUCUCCAGUGGCAGACUCAGCUGUUCCCUCACAGAUGUCCAUACUACAUUUGCUAAACACAUAAAACUAGAUUGUGAGUGGUGUCAAGCCAAAGGAUUUGUGUGCGAGCUGUGUAAGGAGGGAGACAUCCUGUUCCCUUUCGACAGUCAUACCUCAGUCUGCCACGACUGCUCAGCUGUCUUCCACAGAGAUUGUUACUAUGACAACUCCACGACUUGUCCGCGAUGUGCCCGAAUGACUGAAAGGAAGCAGGACGACGAGUCGGAUGUGAAAGACACGUAGCUCUGGAGAAGACCGCCCGCUGUUACUGGAUGUUGCAGUUUGCCUCAUGUUGUGUUCUACCCCCCCUGUCAAGGAAGAGUGAUUUAAGCUUUUUGCCCUUUGGUUUGUUCACAUGUUCAAACUGUAGUGUUUUUCAGUGCACUACAUCAUGAAGCAGGGUACAGAAACCCAUCUGGAAAUUAAUAUAUAUAUAUUUUUAGCAAUUCUUUUGAUUCCUGUUGUAAUGGGUCGACUGAACACUGUAGGUGUGAAGUGAGGUAGUCACAUUAGUGUGUCUGCUUGUAUAAAUGCACAAUAUAAAUGCCCUACAGUGAAACGAUACAUGGAAGUGGGGGAUUGUACAUGCAGAAGCUGUUUAUCUAUCCUUAAAAGCCUCAACUGCAUUAAUCUAUACUGCCAACUUCGCUGAAUGCUAAACUUGAAGGUUGUUAUGUACAACAGUGGUGAAUUUUAACAGUAACAGAAAGUUCAGCCUCCAAAGAGAAAAUUACAAAAUGAUAUUAACCAAAAACUCACCUUUCAGUUUCCAGCUAUGUUUUUAUUUUAAUAGUCUAAAUCUUGCAAACAUGUCAGAAAGGCUAUGCUGUGAAUUUAAAGUGUAUUUGGUCAUGUAAGUUAGUAUUGCAUAACAAAAAAAUCCAGUUUGUUUACAAAAGGAAAUUGAUUAAAUCUUUAAUCAUAACAUCUCUGUAACUUCUGUUUAACUUCAUUUAACAUAAUCUGCCUUCACCUCCAACUGUUUAUUUCCCAUGUAAUGACCCCAAAACACUCUGUGCUCGUCCUCCCUCUGUGUUACGUGCCUGAUCGCCUCUCAGCGUCAUAAUCUGUUGUUCUGAGGAACAUUCAUGAGGUCUUACAAAUAUUCCCAGGCCCUAAAAACAAUAUUUCUUUGUAGCAUCCUGUUUGCACAUUACCACACAACACAGCCCUCCUCUGAGUCGGUUAAUUCUUUCAAUUAGCCAUCCUGGAUACUGGAAAAAAUACUAACAUGUAAUCGUUUCAUGAUAAAGUUGUAUCUACACUCUUUAAAACCAUAAUUAAAAUUAUGCGUAUAAUCAAAGCAUGCAUGACUAGAACAUUUCAUUGUAAGUUUAACCGAUAAAGAAAUGAAACAUGAGAGUUUAAUAUUCUUUUCCUUUUACUCAGAACUGUGAAGUCAUGUCAGCCCGUUUGAUCUGUGUUUACUCUGCUUCAGUUCAGUGCAGCGUCAGUGUCGUGACUAGAUGUGAACAUUCAUGAACAUAGUGGGCCUAGGAUUGUCAGGUAACAUACAGCUGUUAACCUCAUGAUAUUAUGUAGCUCUCAGUCUCAACAUAUCUAUAGCACAUUUUGUCACAGAUGACCCAGAGGUUACAGCUACACCUCUGGUAAUAACGUGUAAAUGUUGACCUCAUGUAUUUGUUUUAAAAAUAAUGAGUCUUGGCUGUGAUAUCUUCAGCAUGAUGUACUGUAUUUUUUCAGAUGUACAUAGUGUUGGGUUAAAGCCAUGCCCUGUUGUGGAUCCAUGUGGAGUCGAGCAUGAAUAAAAUUAAGUAUAUCAAAGCU